UUCGGUGCGCAGUAUCGAGAGAGACCGGUAAUGGUGUUGGAGAACACACGACGUGCGACGACGACGCAAAUAAGUCGCUUAAGAAGCGAUCGCCUUUAAAGCUACAACCGGUCCCGUGACUAGACUUUUUUUUUAACGUGAUUACUAUAAUUUACGAAACGCCCUCACGCGUGUGUGCAUAUGUGUAAUCGCUAAUCGUGUGUAUCGCAACGAGUGACCAACGACAUUCCGUAUUUCGCUCUAAAUAAACGCUCAAUAAAUCUCGGAUCAAACGUAAAUCGAUAGUGGUCUUGCGACACUCGAGCAGGAGUACUGUUAUUACGGCCUCAUUAUCUAAUUAGAGGACACGUCCUCCGAUUAUACACGUGUUUAAUUAUGUAACGAAGCUUCGAUCGUCUUUCAUCACUUGACCCUCUCCGGAUAAGAACAAUUAGCACGCAGGCACGCACGCGUCGACGCGUGGGUAAAUGUGAACUUCGUGCCGAGGCACUUAUUGUUAAUCUCGAAGAGGAAAAAGCCUGUCCGAAGUAUAAUAGAUUCGGGCGAGGGAGGUCCGUUGUUGCGCGUGUAUUUCGUUUAAAUGCAGUCACGCUUAUGACCGUAAAAUAAUUUAAACGACACCGAACUGAAUCAUCCCGAUAAUUCGAUGGCGAUUUUACGUCGUUAGAAAAGAGACGCGAGGGACUGUAUUCUGAAAAUUUUGUCAAAAUUGUACAUCUGGAGCGGUGAAGAAUUAUCGAUACAUCUGCAUCUGUUUAUUGGAGAUAAACGAUCAUUCGUUAUCGCGCCGAGAUAAUAAUAAUAACACACACUUUGUACAUGUCAUAUGUAGCGAUAAGCAUGCGCUCGAUAUUUUGAUGAUAAGAGAAAUGUGCGAGGGACCACAUGGAUUCUUAUCACGAUGGUGGCGCAUUGUUAUCGUUCGCGGAUAUCCAAAGAGUGAUACGUUAGUAAAAUCCGUGCUCAAGGAGCAGCAGCAGCAGCCGUUCGGUGUAAACAUCCUGUUGGUGAAACCAGGCACCACGCUUUUCUCGAAGGUAUUCAACUACGUAUCUUGUGUCCUAAGCUUCAAGAGAUAUGACUACCCGAUGGUCACGCAGACGGUGCUGAACGAUGAAAAAUUGAAAGACGCUAUCAAGCAAACCGCAUGGGAGACGGCCAAUAAUGAGGGUUGCAGCGAGGAGAAAGCGCUCGCGAAGACGAAAACCAGGGCGAGGGACAUACUGCUGCAGAUGGAGAGCAGAUGCAGCGACACCCUCCUUAAGAUAGUCGCGUGGCUGGUGUACAAACUAUUGCCCUGUUUCAUUCAAUCCGCCGUCACGGUGCCCUCUCAGAUAGAGCUGCUUAAGCAGGCGGAUGAUACCGGUUUGCCGCUCGUGCUGCUGCCACUGCACCGCAGCCACUUGGACUACACAAUGAUCAGCUUCCUCAUGGUCGCAAAUAAUAUAAGGAAUCCGUUAAUCGCGGCGGGGGACAACUUGAAGAUUCCAUUUUUCGGAUGGCUUCUGAGAGGUCUGGGCGCUUUCUUCAUCAAACGUCGUAUUGACCCAGUGGCCGGACGUAAGGACCUUCUCUAUCGCGCAACCCUACAAACGUACGUCAUGGAGAGUCUUCGCGCCGGUCAUAACAUGGAAUUCUUCGUGGAAGGAGGGCGCACGAGGACCGGCAAACCUUGCAUGCCGAAGAGCGGUAUCCUGAGCGUCAUUGUCGACGCGUACAUGGACGGCACCAUCGAGGACGCGUUUCUGAUACCUGUAGCGAUCAAUUAUGAACGGCUGGUAGAUGGGAAUUUCGUUAGGGAACAAUUGGGACAACCAAAGAAAAUGGAGACUUUCACGUCGACGAUCAAAGCCAUGUGGUCAACAUUAAUGGGCCACUACGGUAUCGUCAAAAUUGAUUUCUGUCAACCGUUUUCCCUCAGGGAAAUGGUAAAGGCGUUCCAAGCUCAGCAAAGUAAGUUGGCUCUGAGAAGUCCGGAACGAUCUUUAAAAUAUACUAUGUCGAAUUCGUCUUUGUACGGUACGGACGUAAUCGUGGAAGAACAACGUCAAAUGGUGGAUAGCAUCGCCCGACACGUUGUGUAUGACGCGUCCAAAUCUAUGCCGAUUAUGUCAACAAAUAUUGUGGCAUUUUUAUUAUUAAAUAAGUUCCGAGAUGGCUGUACAUUGGACAAACUGGUCGAAGCGUUCGAUUCUAUGAGACAAGAUCUGGAAUUUGCUGACAAAAACGUAGCGUUUUGCGGAGAAAACAUUGAUAUUAUUAAACACGCGCUGGAUAUCUUGGGGCCAGGUUUGGUGACACAACAGCGACAGGAAAUCACCGAAGCUGUUGACGGUGAUCAAUCGUACAAAUCGAACGUUGUUAUAGCAAUCCGUCCCGUGUCGAUUCUACCAAAUGUGAUCGAACUGUCGUACUACAGCAACACUGUACUGCUAUAUUACGUCAUGGACAGUAUAGUAGUAACUGCUUUGUACGCUGAAUUGCAGUCACAGAUCAACGAUCCGAUCGCGAUCGCCGAGAACAAUAUUACAGUAUUGCAAAACAAUCUGCUCGAGCGAGCGUUCAAGUUGUGCGACAUUCUUAGGUACGAGUUUAUUUUCUGCCGGCCCUGCCAGGAACUGAGGGACGUAGUUAUGGAAACGAUACAGAACCUUUCGCACAAGGGCAUUAUUACCCAGAAAGAAGAAGCUUACCUGGAAGAUGAACUAUGGAGUAAAAGAUACGCGAGAAAUUUUGAUGAUAGCUCAGACGAGGAGUACUCGAGGGAACGGGAAAUCGAAAGGAUUGAAUAUAAACUGAGCCUGAGGCCAGAACAUUCUAGUCGUAUGGAAUUUCUACAUACAAUGUUACGUCCGUUAAUUGACACAUACACGUGCAGUGCCUUCAAUUUGAGAAAGUUGGUUGACCGAUCACUUAGUGAACGGGAGUUAACUCAAGAAGUAUUGAGCGAAAUCAAAACCAAAGUGGACGGAGGCGUCGUUAGUUAUGGAGAAAGUUUAUGCGUCGACCCGAUAAAGAACUCCUUUAGACUUUUUGAAAAAUGGAAUGUCCUGGACUGCCACAUGCAAGAGAAGGCUAAAAUUUUUUACUUGAAAGAGGAUUGCGAUACAGAUGCGGCAAUAAACAAUGUGUAUGAUACUAUAGCAGUUUUUAAGUGGGCCAGAAAUAUGGACUAAAAGACGCGAUGAUACUUUCUACUUUAGUGAAAAGUCUUCGAAUCACUAUUUUUUAUAUCUUUUAUAAACUCUCGUUGACACGUCUGGGCAUCCGGCAAUAUUUCACGCAAACAUUGUUGAGCAUGUGUUAAGUACACAUGACUAUUUAAAUAUAGCGUGUGUAUUAUAAUACAUAUUUAAGUACAGCUUGUAUAUAGCUUCUUUAAUCGGAGAUAAAGAUAGAAAAAAUAUGAUUUGGUAUAUUACUUGUGAAUGUUGAAAGUACCCGCGGUUUACAUUCACAAUGAAAUACUUAAAGUCUUGUUUCACGAUCUAGAACUGUACAGAUGCAAAGUUAAGCUAAGAUCUAAGUUGGUUGUGUCAUAUUUUUAUGAAUAAAUACAAAAAUAGUACAUACCACAGAAA